AUGUCAUCAUUCAACCAGAAAAGUCACGAACUCUUUGAAAAAGCCGAACAGGCACAGUGGAGUUUAGAAUGUGACGAAAAGCUUUUAGAAUUAAUGCAAAAUAUUGCUACAAAAGUUGAAAACCGUACCACAUCAAUCAAAAGCAAUAUAAAUUCGAUGAAACUUGGAUUAGAUGAAACAAAAAUCAAACUCAGUAAUUUAACAAGGAUUAAUUCUCUUAAAAAUACAAAUUAUUGUGAAAGUUUGAUAAGUGACGAUCAUUUCGAGGAUUCAAAAACUGAAGAGACGAAACAGCAGCCAGUCAAGCUAUCACCACAAAUUGCUAUCGAUAAUGGAUUGAAACUUAUGGAUACUUGCUUCGAAAAACAUCGAGUGAACCACAAUCCAAGCGACAAUCGUUCGGAAACGAGCAUUGUUUAUCGGCCAAUAGAUAAGUUUAUGAAUGUUCUUCCUCAUCUCAUUGGAUCUGAGAAAUGGAGCGAAAAUUGGCAUGUCGGUCUUUUAGACAACGAUAUACUUUCACAUUCUGGUUCUGAACAUUUUGUGGAAUCAACUGACUCAAUUAAUGUACCUUCAGUGCCGCUUCAAUCAAAUAUUGAUGGGAAUUCUUUUGCUCAGAAUUCAAGUUUAAUGGCUUCACAAGAGAGCCUAACGAAGUCAUUAGGGACAAUAAGUGAUCAGAUGGUUGUUAAUCGUCCAACUGGAGGACUUUUUGAUGACAUUCAGGAAGAAAAUAACAGAUUUAAUUUCACAACACCAAAUGUACCAUCAACUUCAAGUCACAUUUUUCGUCCACAAGCCGAACAAAGAAAAAUUGUUAAUUUGUUUGACGACGAACCACCAUAUUUAGAAUCGUCACCUUUAGUUAAGAAAAAAGCAGUGAAUCUUUUUGACGAUGAUAAUGAAUCAGAAGAAUCUUUUCCAACUGUUCCAAUAAAAGAUAAUAAUAGUAUAAAACACCAACCACCUGUUGAUAUCUUUAACGAUAAUGAAUUCGAUGCCUUCAUUAAGCACAUUGAGACAAAAGAAGAUGAUCCUCACAGUGAAAAUGAAAUUAUAAAAGGAAAUGAACAAAAACCAAAAACAAUUGAAAAGACGAUAAAGCAAAAUUUUAUGAAGAUAACGGAAGAUGCAAUUAAAAAUGUUCAUCUUAAAAAAGCUGAUUCAAUGACUAAAACAUCGACAGAAAUUGAGAAGGAAACUAAUGAGGUGUCGCCAAAUGAUGAAACCAAAGCAGUUCCAUUAAAUCCAUCUAAAGAUGAAUCUAAAAUAAAUUCACUCAGUAAAAGAAUUACAAAUCUCUUCGAUGAUGAGGAAGAAUCUGACGACUUUUUCGAGGAAAUUAUGAAGAAAAAAGGCGUUAAUAAAACAAUUGAGCCGAUUACAAAUGUGAAAGAAGAGACUAAGAAGAAUAAACUUUCAAAUCUCUUUGAUGAUGAACAAGAAAAUGUAAACAAUUUUGAUGACAUCUUUAAAACAAAACAAAAAACUUUCGUGAAGAAAUCAAGUUCUCUUUUUGAUGAUGAUAAUGAUGAUGAUGAGGAAGUUUCCCCACCUAUAAUUCAAAAGGAAAAGUUAAAACCAAUAAAAAAAUCUACGAAUUUAUUCAAUGAUGGUGAUGAUGAUGUAUCCGAUAUCCUUGGAAUGAAAUUUGAAGUUCCUAAAACACAAGAGAAUGUUGAAACAACAGAAAUUCUCAGCACUAAUUUAGAAUCCACCAAACAAACAGAAAUCCAGGGCAAAAAUGAGAAAGUCAGUGAAAAGACUGAGACUAAGAAUGCUGAGGUUGUUGAGAAAAUAAAUACUAAUGAAAUAAGAGAUGAGCUACCAGAACAAAUUAAAACACCAAAAAAUGUCCAAAGUUCCCGAGAUGAAGAUAAGAAUUUCAUUUCUGAAAUUUUAAAAAGAGACGAAUUGAAAACCUACGAAGAUUCGUUAAAUCAAAAUUCAAUAGAAUCAUUUUCUUCAGAAAUUCAGAAAUACAAUUUAGGAAAUUCAGAAAAAUCCGACGUAGUGCCAGCUAACAUCAUUAGUUCGACUCUUCCAUUCUUAAGUGAUAUUCCACCCGAUGAUGAUGAUAAUUGGGAUAUGGAAGACAAUUAUGAUGAUCUUGAAACAAAACCUGUCGAUAGAAAUAUUUUUAAUCAGGUUUCAUCGAAUUAUUCAUCAAUUCCGCUAUUUAGCGAUAUUCCACCAGAUGAUGAUGAUUUUAUGAUCACGAAACCACCGCCAAUUCCUGAACCAAAUUUUGAAUCAGAUGGAGAGGAUAUUCCUGAUGAUUCAACAUCAAAACAAUGUGAAGGGAAAAUAAAUGAAGUGGAAAAGUCUAAGGAAGAUUUCGAUGAGAUCGAUCGAUCAGUAAAAUCUGUCAACAUCAAAGAUAAACUGGAGAUUUUUAAUAAAAAAACUGAAGAAUUUACUUCGCCUAAGAAGUUAUUGCCUGGAAAACUGAACACCAAUUUGAAGAUUAAUGUCGAUGCUUUAAUGCCAGGGGCACGCUUGCCAACGAAAAAAUCAAAUGAAAUGUUAGAAGAAAUUGAAAGCAAUGAAGCACCAAAAUCUUCUGAAAUUCAAAAAGAUUCUAACAAUAAUGCUAAUUUAUUAAACAAUGAUUUGACAAAAUCUAGAGCUAGAAUUCAAGUUAAAAGACGACCAUCAACAAGACGAGGUCGGCAAGCAAACUACCAAAGAACUUUAACAUAUGCCACUCCAGAAGACAAAGCAAUGAUAAAACCUUUGGAUUCUAAAUCUUCUGUAGAAAUAUCAACAAAACAAACAACAAAGAAUCUUUCUUCUUCCAUUUUCGAUGAUGGUAAUGAUGAAAACAACAAAAGUCCAAAAUGGGUUGAAAAUUCUGAGAAAAAACUGAAUCAUCCUGUUAAGUCGUCCCAAAGUGUUAUCACUACGAAUAAAAUUUCAGUUUUUUAUGAUGAUGAAGAAGACACGAGAAUGAUGAUGGAAGAAGAGAAGUUAAAAGCGAAGAACAAAUUAGAAAAUAUAAGUAAAGCAGCUGGACUGUUUGACGACUUGAACAAUGAUUUCUUCGAAGACGUUUCAGCACCAGUUACCAAAAUUAGUCAUGUUACUACUUCUGCGGAACCAGAUAGUGAUGAUGAUUUAUUUGGUGCCAUGAUAAAAUCUGUAGAACCUAAAAUGACAGACAUUCCGAAAGAAAAAUCUCCGAAAAUUAUCCAGAAUCAAAAGAAGUCGCUUUUUGAUGAUGAUGACGAAUUAUUUGGAAAUUCAAGUAAAAAACUUUCUUCUGCGAUGAUCAAAAAAUCGUCAAAACUUUUUGAUAGUGACGAUGAUGAUGAAGCAAGCGGGUCAAUUAUUUUUACUAAGCCUUCAAAAAAUUCAUUGUUUGGUGACGAUAGUGAUGAUGAUUUAUUUAGCUCAAAGCCAAAAUCAAAUACUUCGGCACCUGCAAAUAAGUCGUCUUCAUCUACAAAAUCUACGUCAAUAGUAAAGAAAAAAGCGAGUCAUGUUAUUGAUGAUCCACUCAAAGAUUUAUUAAACGACUAAUUAGUGACCAUACAUUCCUCGUGUUUUUAUAACAAUAUAACUUAAAUUUAUAUCUUUUAUUUACAAUAUUUAUCAAUACCUACGUGUGAAAUCGAACAGCAUUUCGUCAACAUAAUUAAAAAGGUUAUUAAAUCAAAAGUGCCUACUGUGAAAUAUGGUAACUCAAUUUGUUAAAAGAAAUCAUAAAACAUAUUAGAAAUAAAAAAAACGGAAAUAGCAUGAAAAACAUUUCAAUUUUUUUAUUAUUUAAAGAAUCAGUUGAAAUGUGGAAAUUUAUUUUUAUUAGAAUCAAUAUCAGCCUUGUAAUAAUCUUCUACAGUCACAAAAUGAGGCCCACCGUACCAAUCAAGAAUACAAAUUGAUGAAAUGUUGAGUUUACAUAAGAAGAAGUUGUGGGUGUUAAGCCAGUUAACACUUGCUGGAUGAUGACUUAUCAUGGCAUUUGUAGCGAAUUCAAAUUCUUUAGAAUCUUUAGGAACACGUAAAGCUUCACCACUUAUCAUGCUGCGAGCACAAGUUGGUUCCAUUGGAUCGACGUUUUGUUUUGUACAGUAAAGAUUCUGAUCCAUUGUUAAUAAGGCAGUUAAUUGAUUUUUCUUUGAUAAAUCUUGUGCAGUGAAAUCCAACAUGGUGAGAUAAAAAUAAAUGUUGCCUGUAGACUUUGCACCUUUUUCUGAGUCAGCAAUUGCUAUGACAUUCACCAUUGGAAAUCCAUUAAUCGUCGGAUAAGUUGAGAUUGUUCCCAUAGCUGUCCAUUCUACAUUAUGUACUAACCAACGAGCCAUUUUGGCAUAUUCAGUGUAAGGUGGAGGUUCUUCGCGAUUUACUUCGUUGUUUUCGAUCUCGUUAAUAUUUAAAAUAUAAACAUUUGGAUUAAUCAGUGGAACCAACAACAACAUAAGAAUAAUUGACUUUUUUAACAUUUUUAUGUUAAUAUAUUUAUCCUAUGUAGACAAACGAUGUAACUUUAUUUUUGCUAUCUCUCGCCAAUCUCUCACGUACUUUAUAACGCGGAAUAAAAUAAAUCUUAUUUAUUUUGUGAUAAGCUUUUGUUGAUGAACUCAAAAUCCAACAAAGA